AUGGUACUUCUCGAGUGCAAGCGGCUUCCAAAGGAGGAGUACAGCAAGGACUAUGACGCCUUCAUAGCAAGCGUGCCAGCCACCACGAACAUCGGUGAAGCCACCGACGCCAUCCAGAAGAUGCAAAACACGCGUGUCCGGCUCACGUGGAUGAUGGCAGCCGCGAAGCAGAUGAUAAAGGAUGGCAUGGUGGACGCAGAGCGGCAGCACUACCUCACCGGGCCAAUCGGUGACACGGAGCGUUACCUUUCUCUAGAACGCACAGAAAGGCGUCAGUUGUGCAUACAGAGUGAGCUGGAUGCUCUCGUGGAGGCGUUCAAGGGGGGUGUGAUGAUUCUCUUCCCAGCAGAGUGCAGCGGCAGCGAUGCGUGCCAGCGGCUGGCUGCUAUUCUCGACAGCGACACGGCGCCAGAUGUAGAGAAGUCGAAGGCGCACCGCAUUCUCAGCAUGGUUGAUGACGGGGCCACAAAUGAAAACAUCUUGUCAGGUCGUGCGGUGAUGUGGUGGAGUGCCAAGCCGCUCGCGCGCGACUCCGACUUUGUGAAGUACAUUGGAAAGAACGACAAGACGAAGAUUACAGUGAAGCUGGCCGCCGAGGGUAGCGCGGCUCCACCUCGUGAGCCGGCGGUCGACGUCAAGGCACAGGCGGAGCUGAUGCAGCACUUUUACCGAAAGCAGGAGGAGAUGAAGAAGGUGGUGGAGGACGAGGACAUUUCAUUUGGCAACAGCGCUUGGGCGAACCCUCAUGGUCUGAAGAACCAACUGCAAGGUCUCGACUCCAUCCACUACAAGGGUGCCUUCUAG